AUGAGCAAAGGUGAAAUUCUACCUCAGGAUAUCAUAAUUGACAUACUAUCUCGUCUUCCUGCAAAAUUCAUCGGUCAAUACAGGUGCGUAUCAAAGCAAUGGUACAAUUUACUCUCACACCCACAAUUCAUCAAAUUUCACUUCACUCUCCAUGCUCAUAAACAAGAAACUAAACUCAUUUUCAUCUCUGAUUCUGACGAUCUUCACACUAUCACCUUUAAUCGUAACCCCCAAAAUAUAAUAUUCGAUGCCAUUUCAACAAACCUUAAUUUUCAGAACAACUGGUUAAGUAUUGCUUGCUCAUGUAAUGGGCUGGUGUUGGUGGAAAAUCAGGAACAUAUUAUGUACUUAAUUAACCCCACAACCUUAGAUUACCAUAGAAUUCCAGUUUUUCAUUUGGGUCUUCCUCAGCAAAGUAGCUACAGAGAGUAUGGUUUUGGGUAUGAUUUUGCUAGUGAUGAUUAUAAGGUGGUUAAUCUUUCUCGAUAUCGAAAGGGGAAUAUUGACACUACUUUUGUUGAUGUCUAUUCGGUGAGAAUGGGUUUAUGGAGGAGGCUAGAGAGUUUACCUUACGAUGAUGUACUUUCGGAGCGAGGAGGGGCUUCUGGGGUGUUUGUAAAUGGGGUUUUGCAUUGGAUGGCAAGUAAAGCUUCUUCUUUCGUAACUAUUGGUUUUGAUUUAAGUGAUGAGAAAUUUUUCGAGGUACCAGCACCUACUAAUCUUUAUGGAAAUGAGUUGGAUUGGUAUGAACUUAGGAGUUUUAGAGGGUGUCUUUGUAUGUUUUGUGCUUUAUUAGAAAGCGAAAUUGAUGCUUGGGUGAUGAAAGAGUAUCGAGUUGAGGAGUCUUGGACCACAUUUAGUAUUGAUAGAAUGGAUUUAGAGAAUGGUUUGGUACCAUUUUGUCCGAUUAGUGAUGAUGAUGUUGUAUUGAGUGUGGAUAGGGAUAGGUUGACUGUCUACAACAUCAAAGAGGAUCAAUGGAGAUAUAUGGAGGUAGAUCGAUUAACUUAUAUGUUUGAAAGGACUGGAAUUUUCUUCGAGAGUCUUGUCUCGCCCAUGUUUGGCAAGGGAACUGAGGGUUACCAUAUUGCUUGA